AUGAAACGUAAAGCACCCGAGGAUGGGGAUUCCUCUCCGAAGAGGCGUGUCAUAUCUACCGAUGACAGCGACAUUCAGUCUACCUUUCGAUCAGAUCUCUUCGAGCCUGACACUCGAGAAGCGUUCCGCGAAUCUUACCGAUCGUCGAAGCCUUACCCGCAUGCCGUUGUAUCCUCAUUGAUCCAAGAACCUCUCCUCCGCUCCGUGCGGCAGGAAAUCACCACUCAUAUCCAUUUCACCCUGAAGGAGACAGACAUUUACCGCAUUCACCAAUCCGGUGACCUCGCAAACCUCUCCAAUCUUGAUGCCGAGUCCCUCAAACACCUGCCCAGCCUAGUCCGCCUGAGAGAUGCUCUCUAUAGCUCAGAAUUUCGAGAAUGGGUGUCUGCCGUCACGGGCGCUGGGAAAGUGUCGGGCACAAAAACCGACAUGGCGGUCAACGUCUACACACCAGGAAGUUAUUUGCUGUGCCAUGAUGAUGUGAUUGGGAGUCGAAGAGUCAGCUACAUCUUGUAUUUGACAGAUCCAGAUCAUCCCUGGCAACCUGAAUGGGGUGGCGGCCUCAGACUGUAUCCCACGGAGAUCAAAAGAAACAAAGCUGGAGAGCAAGUGAAAGUCCCUCUCGCUGAACAUAGUUUGAACAUUCCACCCUCCUUCGGCCAAUUGAGUUUCUUCGCCGUUCGGCCUGGCGAGAGUUAUCACGACGUGGAAGAAGUCUACCACUCACAAAACCUGGAAGAAGAUGGAGGCAGAAUCCGUAUGGCAAUCAGCGGCUGGUACCACAUACCACAAGAGGGCGAGGAUGGCUUUGAACAAGGCAUGGAACAAGAGCAGGCUCAGAAAUCCAGCCUCGCGCAGCUGAAGAGCACCUCGAAUGAGUUUGACGAGCCUCGACUGGUGUUCCGUCACUUCGACGAGCCGCGUACUGUCAUGGAUAGUCGGGCUGCGGCGCGGGAGAUUGACCCAGGCGACGAUCUUGACACCGAUGAUACAAUACUCACUGAGCAAGACUUGACGUUCUUGCUACAUUAUAUGACACCAAGUUAUCUGACUCCAGAUAUGAUUGAGCAGUUCGCGUCCUCAUUCGUCGACAUGUCAGUGCUUCAACUAGAGGAGUUUUUCAAUGCGCGAUUCGCAGCCGAGUUGAAGGAUUAUGUGCAUAAGGUGGAAAGUGAAGAAAAGCAUGCGAUCCCAGAGUCAUCGAGAGAUCACCACCCUUCUACUUGGAGAAUUGCUCGACCACCACAUAAACAACGCUAUGCGUACCUGCAGACUGCAGAGGCCUUGCACCGCGACCACUGCCCCAUCUCCCGAAUCCUGGCUGAUCUGAUUCACUCGCAUGCAUUCAAGAAGUGGCUUGCACUUGUGACAGGACUCAAGACAAAGAGUCUCAUCCGCCAGAGCGCGAUCGCCCGUAGAUUUCGAAGAGGAAAGGAUUAUGCACUUGCAAACCCUUACCAAGGCGAAACGCCCCGCUUGGAAUUCACGAUUUCCAUCACUUCCAGCGAAGGGUGGGAAAGAGAUGGAGGCGCGGACGACGAAGACGAUAGCAAGCCGACAACCGCGAAGGUCCAAAAGCAAGCCAAUGGCAACGCUGCUACAACCGAGAAGAUUCAAGUCUCCUCGGUAUCUGGGAUCGAGUUCGGUGGUGAAGAAGUCUACAUGGCGGGUGACGAAGAGGAAGACGGAUUGCCAAAUGAAGAUGACUCGAAGUCCCUACCCAAUGUCGGCAAGAAGCCUGCCCACGAUCCUGCAAUCUACAAAGCCACAGAUGAUGAGGAUGAUGGCAUCCUGUUUGCGAGCUCCCCUGGUUGGAAUAAGUUCAGUAUGGUGCUUAGGGACAAGGGCACGCUGAGGUUUGUCAAGUAUGUGAGCCAGGCAGCGCAAGGUGAUCGAUGGGAUCUGAAAGGAGAGGUAGAAGUUGACGAAGCCGGCUGGGACGGAAUAGUCGGUGGCGAUGCAGAAGAGUCGGACGAACAGGAUGACGAGGACGAUGACCUUGAUGAAGACGAGGAAGAGGACGAAGAGGACGCUGACGGGGACCAAGCAAGCCACGAUGAAGAUGAGGACUGA